GCCCUAGCCCGGGGGCGGCAGGGCAGGGGACCCCCGGCGGGAGGACUUUGGGCAGGGAGGGGCUGUCCGUGGUUGGUCGGUCACGGGGUCUGUCCGAUGGCCGCGGGCUCCGCUUAAGGCUGCGCACCCCUCCCCCCAACUUGGGGACCUUCGGGGUAACUUCCCCGGGGUCCGCCCCUUCUUCUGAGCCUGGCAGCGCCGCCCCGGGGGGCUUGCUUUCAGGGGGCGGGGAUGGCCGCUCUGGGGGUCCUGGGCCCACCCCUGCCCAGCGUAACUCGGGAGGCGUCCGGGACCGCAGUCCCGUCAGCGUUCGGCUCGCGGCCGACGCUCGGACGCGCCCUCGGGGCUGGGCAGAGCUGGGGGCCCCGCUGGGGCAGGACCGCGCGCCUGGCCGGGCGGGGGAUCGGAGGACAGAGGAGCGGAGACCGCGAGGGUGGAGGGCGGGCGUGGCGGAGAUGUGGAGGCUACUCGUCGAGAGCUCCGCCCUGGGCGGCGGCCGAGCGGGGCCCUGCGGGACUGAUGGGUAGCGGCGCCGGCGAAGAGCAGCCUGGGGGCGGCAGCCUGAGCCCGGGAAUCCUUUCAAGUUCUGGGUUCUCUUUGUUGCGCAAUAGAGCCCGGGGGCCGUGGGGCCUCAUUGGCCCGGGGCCGCGACGUCACGCCGGAGCCCCGCCCGCAGACCCUGCGGAGAGAGUCCGGUGGGUCCCAGGUCCGCCACACCUGCAGCCUGCACUGCGGUGUCCUGGGGGGGCGCGGGGGGUGGCAGGGAGCGUCUCCGGGAUCCAGGUGGAGCGGGAAGCCCAGUCCUGAAAUGCUGCGGAGCCUGAGUGGGCUGCGGGAGAAACUUCCCAAUAGGGGGCGGUAACACCCCUGGAGUGUUGGGGCCUGGACCCUAGUGUCCCCUGCUCCCUGUGAUUGAGAAUGAACAGAAGGUGUCACCAGCCUGGAAGAAGGGGGUCUCCUUGUUUCCGCAGAGCCAGCCCCCUCUCACUCUGCAUUUGGAGACCUUGCUCUCCACCCCACCCCGGUGACACUCCUCCCCCAUCGCAGGACCACCACGCUCAGGAGUCCAUAAAGCCGCCUCCAUACUUCCUCCCUGUGCUGCACUGGGCUCUGAGCCUCAGUGUUCCCAUCUGCAUUGUGGGGACAGUAGGACCCAUCUUGCAGGGGCAGGAGGCCCAGAAAGACAACCUGAGCUCAAGGAACAAAAAAAUGCCAAGUUUCUGAGCAUUUUAAUGUUUCAGACAUCAGGAUUUUGAUGUCAGGCGAGUGGAGUUUGGAUCCUGGCUCGGGAACCUAAGAGCUUGGUUACCUCCCCUUAACCAUCUGUAAAAUGGGAACGAUGGCAGUCCUUCAGACAAGAUCACUGGGGGUGCGAACUGAGGGGAGUGUGCCUGUUCGAAGGAGGAUUGCCUCCUCCCUCUACUUGUAGGGCACAUUCUCCUGCCCACACAGACCUAGGGCCUUUCCCUGCAGUGAGACACUGCUCGGCUAGACUCAGGGAAGAACCGGCACCAGGAAGGGUUGUACCAGUGGCAGCCUGUGGCACCUUCCCUACCACUCUGGACCAGCAAUCAACAGGUGGGCAGUGUGGGCUGGGCCAGGCGCAGGGUCACAAGAGUCAGACAGCCUGCCUGCUUGGGCUUCUGAGGGAAGGCCUCCCAAUCUGACGGCCAAGGCGGCGCGAUGCAAGUAGAAGGAGAUGGCAGCCCGCCACGUGCAUGCCAAAUCCGGUUUUCUAUUCGAUAAUGUAAGCCUCUGCCCGCUCUGGACCCCUGGUGGGCUGCCAGACACCCCACCUGGCUGUGUGUAGCCUCAUUACCCUCCAAGCUGGGCUGUCCCAGGUUCUGGCUGGGGUGACUGUGCGUCUGCCUGCAGGUCUAAGGCUCGUGCACACCUCUGAGCUCAGUGUCUUGAAGAGACAGCGUAGCUCAGUGAGCAGGGAGGUCUUUGGUACAGACAUCUACGUGGCAAGCAUUUAUUGAGCACUUACUGUGUGCCUGGCUCCAUUCUAAGCGCUUUCCCUGGCUUAGGAUAGUCCCUUUUCCUAGCUUACCGGCUACCCACACACUUCUCGAGGCAGAUAGGGACUAUCAUGUCUACGUACAGAUGAGAAAACUGAGGCCCAGCUGAGUCACGUGACUGGCUGGGGAGCUAAAGCUGGAGUCUAACAGCUCUUCACCCCACACCGAGUGGCCUCUGUAUGCUGAAGUCAAGGAGGCUUGCUGGACAGCAGAACGGCUGGUGGAGGGUUCAGCAGGGCCACCUCACCCCCCACGCUGGGUCUGGGGUGGGGAAGGGGCGGCAGCUUUGCGAGCAGAAGCCUAAUGUUUGGGAAGGAAGUUCCCUGGCCCCAGAAGUCCCCCAGCCCCCGCUAAAAGGCCCUUAGUGGGCACUGGUGUGGUCCAGAUUAGACUCCUCCUGUGGGUCAGGGGCCUGGACAGGCCCACUGCAGGGGCACAGAGAUGAAUGACACCCAUCAGGACUCAAGAGAUCCUUCGGUGUCCGUGGGGCUCAGGCCACACCCUGCACGAGACAAGCAGGGGAGCCUGGCAGCAGGCUGGGAGGUGUCACUUCCCCUGUCCUGAGCGCCAGGGGCCUGCAAUGGCCUGUCCACCCCAAGCUGGAGACAGUCCCUGAAGGAUCACGUGGCUGUGUCUGGUUCAGUGGUGCCCAUAAGUGUUGGGGGCAACAAAUUUGCAGCCAAUGAGAUUACACAGGCUAGAGGGUGAGAAGGCCCAAGUGUAGGCAGCGUACAUAGUAGACCUGCACUGAGCACUGCACUUGUCCCCCACGCCACCUGCUCCAGGCUGUGGCCAGAGGGGCCUGCUGUGGGGUGCCUCACGUCAGAGGGACCGGCCAGUGCUCUGCGCAGGGACGCACCGAGCUGGGAAGCUGGGGGACUCACCGCCAGGCCCACUGGCAGGAUGGGGCGGCUCCCCAACACGUGCCUCCUGCCCCGCGUCCUAGGUCCCUGGUUCCUACCUAUCCACAGGCUGUCCUCGGGGGCAGGUUCUGGUCCCUGGACCAGCUACUGUCCCAUGCUGCCUGCGGCAUCCCAAGCAGCCGGGCCCGCCCCAGGCGCUAGAGAUGCGGCGUCUGUCCACCCCAGCCUCCCCCUGGAGGAAGCCUCAUCGUCCCCGUUUCAGAGUAGGACGUGGGUGCAGGGACUUUGCUGGGGCCACAUGGCUAGUACACUAGAGCUUAGUGUACCCCCCAGCCCGGGGUAGUGCCAGGGCCUGCCAGGCGUGCACGGCCACGGAAGGCCUGCUGGGGGCUGACCUGGGUAAAGCAGGCCGCCCUUUCCCAAGGUGGGCACGAGAGUGGCCCCCAGAGCAUCCCUUCCUUACAGGGGAGGUUCAGGGCACUCAUCCUCCAGGCAUGUCCUCAUUGGCCAAAGGAAGUGGGACCAAUGAAAGUGAGGGCCCCCAGCAUGCACUGGGGGUGCCUCGCGUGGGCUGCGUGAGGAUUUGGGGAGUUUGAUGGUGAGAGGGCUGGUUCUGGGACAGGACCAGGUACACACGCGUCACAGCGCCCACCUGGGCCCGGCCUGGCGGCUUCCCUGAGGAUGCAGGCGGCCUGGAAGGAAGCCUAGGUGCCGCACCUUGACCAGGAGUAGGUGGAGGUGAGGGGAUGUGCACUUAUUGAGCACCCCUGUAUACACCCCCUGGGAGCCAGGAGGUUCCAUAGAGGGCAGAGGAGGGCGAAGCGGCCCAGCCCAAGCCAGGACCAGACAGGCAAUGGAGCAUGAGGGGACCCCCUCUAUCUCGCACUCCCAAGAGCCCCAGGAGCUUCACUGCCAGAGCCCAAGGGAGAGUCCCUGAGAGCUCUUUGGCUCCCCCCGAACCCACUGCAGAUGCUCACGGUCCCUGGUGUCCCCAGGCCGCCACGUGUGAGGGCUGCUGCUCGGAGCUGAGGCCUGGCUUGAGGAGGAUGUCCCAGCCGCCGGCCAGCUCCCAUCUGCACCAUGAGUGAUGAGCGGCGGCUGCCUGGCAGCGCGGUGGGCUGGCUGGCCUGCGGAGGCCUCUCCCUGCUGGCCAACGCGUGGGGCAUCCUCAGCGUGGGGGCCAAGCAGAAGAAGUGGAAGCCCCUGGAGUUCCUGCUGUGCAUGCUCGCGGCCACCCACAUGCUCAACGUGGCCGUGCCCAUCGCCACCUACGCUGUGGUGCAGCUGCGGCGCCAGCGCCCCGACUACGAAUGGAACGAGGGCCUCUGCAAGGUCUUCGUCUCCACCUUCUACACCCUCACCCUGGCCACCUGCUUCUCCGUCACCUCCCUCUCCUACCACCGCAUGUGGAUGGUCCGCUGGCCCGUCAACUACCGGCUAAGCAACGCCAAGAAGCAGGCGGUGCACACGGUCAUGGGCAUCUGGAUGGUGUCCUUCAUCCUGUCGGCACUGCCUGCCGUCGGCUGGCACGACACGAGCGAGCGCUUCUACACCCACGGCUGCCACUUCAUCGUGGCUGAGAUUGGCCUGGGCUUCGGCGUCUGCUUCCUGCUGCUGGUGGGCGGCAGCGUGGCCAUGGGCGUGGUCUGCACGGCCAUCGCCCUCUUCCAGACGCUGGCGGUGCAGGUGGGGCGCCGGGCCGACCGCCACGCCUUCACCGUGCCCACCAUCGUGGUGGAGGACGCACAGGGCAAGCGCCGCUCCUCCAUCGACGGCUCCGAGCCCGCCAGGACCUCGCUGCAGAUCACCAGCCUGGUGGCCACCAUCGUCGUCAUAUACGACUGCCUCAUGGGCUUCCCUGUGCUGGUGGUGAGCUUCAGCAGCCUGUGGGCUGACGCCUCGGCGCCCUGGAUGGCACUGUGUGUGCUCUGGUGCUCAGUGACCCAGGCCCUGCUGCUGCCCGUAUUCCUCUGGGCCUGCGACCGCUACCGCGCUGACCUCAAGGCUGUCUGGGAGAAGUGCAUGGCCCUCAUGGCCAACGACGAGGACUCGGGUGACGCCCACCAGCACUGCGUGUCUCUGGGGGUCCCUGGGACCCAUUCCUGGAUGCCCCCAAGUUUCCACGGCCCUAAGCUUCUGCCCCGCCCUGCAGAAACCAGCCUGGAAGGUGGCAUCCCCCCAGACCUAGUGUUGGACCGCUCCCUGGACUACAGCUAUGGGGGUGACUUUGUGGCCCUGGACAGGACGGCCAAGUAUGAGCUCUCUGCCCUGGAGGGGGACCUGCCCCAGUUCUACCCUCUGCGGCCCUUGCAGGAGGACAAGAUGCAGUACCUGCAGGUAGGGACAGCCAGGGCUGGAGAUGCAAAUAUGCCUCUCCAAGGCCUUUCCUCUCUGAGCUCAUCUCACGCCUGCCACAGCUCCUGGGGCUGGCUUUCAUCCUCCCAAGACGGGCUGGCCCCAGGUCACAGAGCCUGUGCAGGUGGACCCAUGGGCGGCACCCCAGCCCCUGUGGCCAAGUUCGCUGGUGCUCUAGGAGGAUGGUCCAUUUGGUGCCUGUGUUGUUUCCUUGGGGCUCAGCACCCUACUCAAAGGGACUUCUCCCCAGCUGACCCAAGCUACAGAUGACAACACUGAGGUUUGAAGAGAUUGUCACUUGCCCCAAAUCUCACAGCUCUAAACCAGGGUGCCCUGGACCAGGCCUGGUCCCUGACCUCAGGCGGCCCUGCCCGGUGAGGGGAGGCUAGGCCCCCCUUUUCCAGGAGGGCAGCCCGGGUUAACCCCUUGGUCCUGACAGGUCCCGCCCACGCGACGCUUCUCCCACGAUGACGCGGACGUGUGGGCCGCCGUUCCGCUGCCCACGUUCCUACCGCGCUGGGGCUCUGGCGAGGACCUGGCCGCCCUGGUGCUGCCUGGCGGGCCCGACCGGCGCCGCGGCG